UCCAUUACCAAUUUUUCAUGAGCCAUCGAAAUUUGAGUUUUGAGCAAGUUUUGAGCCCAAAAUAAUUUGUUUGGAUACUGAUUUUUGUUAUAUUCAUUACGCUAAUAGUGAUAACAGUGUUUAUGUGAACUGUGAAGUAAUUGCUACAUCCGUAAUCGCCAAGCAGUCUGAAGAUGUCAACAGAAGAUAUUUCACUCAGAGUCGAAAGAUUGGAGAUAGAAUCUUCGAAGAUUAACAAGACCGCCAAAGCGAACCCGUUUAUGGUUCUUAUGCAGAAGAGAAACUUGACAUUUAAAGUAUAUUCACAAAACAGUAAAUGUUCAUGUCACAAUAAAAAAAGUUAUGUAACUAUUUUCAAAAAAAAACAGAGCAAAUUUCUUAGAGAGCCAGUCUUAAAACUGUCACAGUGUAAUUUCAAAAAUAAAAACGGCCACUGCCCAGAUUAUGGUAGGUAUUCGGUUUGUUCAAGAAGAAGCCCAAAAAAUGACAACUUGAAUUUACAUUCGUUAGUAGACACUUGUAACCAACUGCACAUAUCAAAUAGUAAUAAUGGAAUUAAGUAUAAGUCAAGUAAUAGGAAAGCGUAUAAAGUGAGAACGAAUGAUGCAACACACGAAAAAGUAACUAGGGAUACUCCACCUGAAAGAAAUACUUCUAGUUCGUGUUCUCAGCAAGCUCUUAAUCCACCUUGUGAUGUAACCAUUGAUGAACUUGCUAGUUACUUUGAAACACUUGUCCAUAUACCAAAAAAGAUGUCUUCAAUGGCUGAAAUGAUGUAUAUUUAAUGGCCUUUCGUUGUGUAUCGUUGUUGUAGAUCACAAUUCUAAAGAUUUUAAUAUAAAUAUUUUAUAUUAUUAUUAAGUAUUCCCUUAAAUAUUUACCCCCUUAUUCAUAAUGGUCCGCUAACUUAAAACAGCUGCUAAGGAGUGUUUUUUCUCAUUCUGACUUAGGUCAAUAGCCGUCCGUAAUUGGAGGGUCCGUAGCUACUACGUAAGUCGGUACUGGCAAGGAGCCGAUCUAAUUCCUAGCCAACAGAUAUGUUUGAAGCGUUUAAGCAAAAAGCAAUCAUAUAUCGUGAACUAUACUGUCAAAUAAUGUCAAGAAGAAGACAGAGUGAGAAUUAGCAAUGCUUUAAGUUAGCAGACUAUUAUGAAUAAAGGGUUAAUUUAUUAUAGUUGAACUGAUAAUGUUUAAAUUUGAAAAAACAAACAUUUGAAAUGUCAUUAAAGUAUUGUGAGAAAAUCAGUAUAGUAGUUAAGAAAACUGCAUAAUUAUUGUGAUUUAAUAUGAAAUGAUUGCAAUCAUGGUAUUGUUGAACAAUCAGAAGGAUGAUUGAAACUUUUCAUGUAAGGAUAACAUUAAUUUGUUCUGUAAUAGUUUAUUAAGAUUGUUUGUUCAUAUUUGAAGGAUAUAGAAUUUUAUUGUAAUGCACAUAAUUACGGACAAUGGAAACAAUGUGUUCUAAAAUUAUUACUAACAUUUAUGUAAUCAGGUUCUGCUAGCUCUUGUUGACGAAUUAGAGGUCUUAUUUUUAAUCUUAAUAUAAACUAGUAAGGCUGAACCCUCAUUUAUCUAUGAAUGUGGUUGCAACUGACCAACACAAUGUCACACCUGCAUGACAAAGUAAUACAAUAUGAAGUCACAACAUUGAGAGUGAUUCAAAAUCACAACUCAAUGACAUAUGGAUGUGUAGAUUGUAGCGUCUUGACAUCUAGUCUGAAUUAUGUAUGUGUUAACAAUCAUUGUCGCUGUCAUGACAUUAGCAGUGUCAUUAUACAUGUGAUGUAGUGAACAGUACAUAGAUUGCAGUAUUAAAUCAAGAAUGGAUGUGAACAACCAUGUUCUAUUGUUGCUUUUAUAAUGCCACUAUGAGAACAAAUGUUGUUCUGCGGAAUUUAAUACUAAUGUUCAUUUUAUUUAUCUGAUAUGAUUUAACUUUCUUGCACAAUUGUUUGGAUAAAAAAAGUCUUGUUAGAAUGCAACACAUAUUAUUGCAUGUCAUUAAAUAUAUAAUAGUGUAAAAUGAUACAACAUUGACACUUCAACUAAUGAGGCGUCAGUCUAACAGCACAUUCAUGUUAAGCUAGCUCUCAAGAGAUAGUAGCAGUUAUUGAAGGGCAGCGAGCCCUAAUAUUCUGCAUUUAGACACCUUAGAGAUGGUCUGUUUAGUGUGAAAGGUUCUAAUGUUUUAAUAGCAGCCUACUAAGAAAAAAGUGAUUCAUUCGAUUGUAUGAAAUGUGCAGUCAUUGAUACAUUACUAGAUGACAGCUAUAAUCUUGUAAAAAGUAGAGAUAGCUGAAAUCCACUAUGUUUUAAGCAACUGUUUGCUUUCAAACUUUGCCGGAUUAUACUUUAUUGCCAUAGUGUAGUUACUAUUAUUUCAUACUUAUGUUGAAUCACAGCAUGUUUCAUACUGAACUAAAUUUCAAUUUUUACUUGUUAGAGCAAACAUAUUCUUUGGGCAACCUCUUAAUAAUGUAGUAUUUACAUCCUCUUUGGUAAUAGUAGUAGCAUUACAUUCUAAACAUAAGCUUUUUGAACAGGAAUCAGAAACAUUGUGAAAUAUGGAUGUGUGAGUGUUUUAUGCUGGUUCCACUACUAUAAUUUAUAAAUUUGAAUUUAUUUUAUGAACAUACUCAUUUAUUGAUGUUACAAUGGAUUUUAUGGUUACAAUACAUUUUCUAUGUGA